CACAAGGAGGACUACUUAUCUUUAGAGGGAAAGUGAGAGAGAACAGAAUGGGAGUGGUAAUAAUCGACGGCACCACCGUGCGUGACUUUGUCAACGACGCCGACGCGUUUGCGAAGAGCGUGGACGAGCAGUUCGUGGCGCUGGAUCUCAACAACGACGGCGUCCUGUCGCGGUCGGAGCUCCGCACGGCGUUCGAGUCCAUGCGCCUCAUCGAGACGCACUUCGGCAUCGACGUGACCACUACGCCGGAGCAGCUCGCCACGCUCUACGACUCCAUCUUCGACAAAUUCGACGGCGACCGGAGCGGUACCGUGGACCGCGACGAGUUCCGAGAGGAGAUGAAGAGGAUCAUGCUCGCCAUCGCCGACGGCCUCGGCUCCUUCCCUAUCCAGAUGGUCCUCGAAGACGACCCCAACAGUCUCCUCCAGAAAGCUGCGGAUCUCGAAGCUUCCAAGACCUGAAUGGAAACGGUGACCUUUCAAAACUUACCGAGACUUAAAUACACGGCGGCGUUUCAAGCUUCCGUGAAUGGAAGCGACGGCGUUUUAGAUUUGGUAACUGUCGUGCGUUUGCUUUGGUUUCCUUUCUCUUAAUAAAGGAUUUAUGUUGAGAUUAGUGCGAGUGAAUAAAAAAUUAAGGGUUAAAUA